AUGGAGCACUCAACGAAAACACUAAUCAUAACCAUCGUGAUAACCUCCAUGUUGCUAGGGUUUGGAAGCUCAGAUCUGGCUCAAGACAGAGAGGAGUGUACGAACCAGCUGGUAGCACUCUCACCGUGUCUUCCGUACGUGGGAGGAAACGCAAAGGCCCCAACAAAAGAUUGCUGUGGAGGGUUUGGUCAAGUUAUAACAAAGAGUGUGAAGUGUGUUUGUAUAUUGAUCAAAGACAAAGAUGAUCCUAAUCUUGGUCUCAAGUUUGACGCAACCCUAGCCGCUCGUCUUCCCACCGCAUGUCAUAUUAAAUCUCCUAACAUCACCGAGUGUAUUUCGCUUCUGCAUAUAUCUCCAAACUCGACACUGGCUAAAGAGUAUGAAAACUUAGGAAGGAUUGAAGGAAACAGCAAUACCACAUCUCCUUCACCAACUGUUAAAAAGGAUGGGCCAGGAGGAGGUAAAGCUGAACCAGCGAAGAGUAAUGGAGAGAAGAAGGAGAGUUGGCCCAAUACAUUAGAGCGUGUGAUGCACGGCAACAAGUCCCAGUGUCACUCACCUAAAAUGGCUUCUUCUUCGCUUACACUACUCUUCUUCUUUCUCUUCUUCUUUCUCUUCUUCCUCUCUCUCUUCUCUCUCUCCUCCUCCCUAAAUCUCCGCCGUCCAAUCUCGUCUCAAUCCAACGGCUUCGAUCACCUCUCCUUCUCGUACACCACUUUGUCGUCUUCUCUGAAUCUCGACCAUCCAUCAUCUCUCGCCGCCGAUGACAUCCACGAUCUUCUCCAACUCUACGGAUUCCCGAAAGGUCUCCUCCCUGGCGACGUCAAAUCGUACACUCUCUCCGACGACGGAGACUUCACAGUUGACUUAAUCACCCGCUGCUACGUCCAUUUCCCCGAUCAGAUCGUCUUCUACGACAAGAAAAUCGCCGGGAGACUCAGCUACGGAUCCGUCAAAGACGUCCAAGGUAUCCAAGCUAAAGAGGCCUUCUUCUGGGUUCCAAUCACCGCCAUGGAAUCGGAUCCAAGCUCCGGCACCAUAGUCUUCUCCGUCGGAUUCGUUUCCAAGACUUUACCGGCGUCCAUGUUCGAGAAUGUUCCCUCUUGCUCCACUAAACUAAAUCUUCAAGCUUCAACAAUCUCCAUUUAA